CAAAAUAAGUAUUUACAAAUUCACCACACAAAAGAAAAAGAGAUUUUCAUUUAGGUACAAAAAUAAGAAAGAACAUAUAUAAAAAGGUAAAGUUACAAAAAAUAAACAAAACAUUUCUGAGCUCCAAUUCUCUGAAAAUCUAGUUCCCUUCAAAAUCCUACUGUAAAACCCCAUCUUGCAUUCUUGAUUUUCCGGCAUGGAUAUCGACGGAAACUGGUCGGAAAAGGUGGAGGAUCUCAUCGACACCGGAGAGAUCAAUGAAGCCAUUUCUUUCCUUGAAAAAUUAGUAACUGACUCCCCAAAUUCGUCAGAUUCCCCUCAACAGUUAUCUACUGUACUAUUGGAGUUGUCGAAGCUUUAUUCUACUAAAGGCUUAUCUUUAUUAGCUGACCAGACGCGCACAAGAGCAUUUCUCAUUAAACAGCAGCAAGAAUCUAUUAAAGAAAAUAGAGAUGUAAAUGCUACCAAGGAGCCAACUGGUGAUGGUACUUCAAGAAGUGGGGUUUCACAAAGUGAGGCGCUUGCGUGCGAUAAUGAUGAUCACGCCAGAUUGCAAAUUGAUACCUCACAGAAUGAUGGGGAUGAUGAUUGGGAGGCUAUUGCUGAUCGUGCUCCGGAUGAAUUACUUUCCCCACAGCACUUGCCAGAAGUGUCUAAAAUUUCUUUGCAAGAUUCAAAAGUUCAAGGCCCAAAGCGACGUGGAAGGGGUACAUUCUCCUAUCAGAAACAGAGUCUCUACAGUGAUCAGCAGUCUGAUGAGCCUGCCGUUGAUGACAUUGAAGAUGAAACUGUUUCCCAUAUCCCGGAAGGGAGCCCAGAUGCGAAAAAUUUAAACUAUGGAACGCGCCAUGUCGUGGUUCUGGCUGAUUUCCCACCAAGCACUAAAACAAAUGACCUAGAGAAACUGUUGGAAAAAUUUAAAGACGAUGUAGCAAUUCGCUGGGUCAAUGAUACAGUUGCACUUGCAGUGUUCAGAACACCAUCCCUUGCACUAGAGGCCAGCAGCUCAAUUCACUGUCCAUUUACGGUAAGGGUACUGUGCGAGGAGGAUGAACUUUUGAGCUCAAUUAAACCAAGAGAUCUAGAGCCUCCUCGUAGAAGACCUCAGACAUCAGCUAGAACCGCCCAGAGGCUGAUUGCUCAAAGUAUGGGUAUAAAGUUGCCUUCUACAGACUUUGGGUCCAAAGAAUAUAGGAGACAGGAGGAAGCCAGGAAGAACCGGAUAGUUUCAAGACAAAACCUGAAGAAUGAUGCUUGGGGUGAUGAUGACAACUAAGAUUUACUAUUUGUUAAGCUCUCUCAAAGUUAUUUGUUCUUCGGUAUGCAUUAAACUAGUGUUACGGCUCUGAAAUCCGCAAAGUAUUAACCAGCCUUUGCUUAGUUCUUGAGUUUUGCACAUCUUUGAACAGACAUUCUUGAUAUUAUCCAAUUGUUUAAAAAUGUACUGUACUCAUGCUUGUAUAGCUACAAAAAUGAGCCAAACCACAUUCAAAUCUCCAGUUUCUGAUGUAUAUCUGUGAUGUUAAAAUUGUACUAUCAUUUGUUUGGGCUGGCUGUCUAAUUGGAAGCUGUGACUUGUCCCGUUGGUAUUGUUUGGUAGUAAUGUGCUGAAUAGAGCAAAACAUUCAUUUGACAAUAUGGGUUGUUAAAUUCAAUAAGUUAAUGUAUACAUAUUUCAUGUGUUUAAAUUUUGAGUUCUUU